CAUGUGAAAACACACACAUCCACACAAUAUGUUCACUAAGGACACAGUGAAGAAGGGGAUUCAGGAUGCUGCGCCUCCUUUUAAACUUAUGGACACCUCGUUUGCUCCUGUGCAUGGCGACACUUUGGCACCUUGGAAAGGCCAGAGUGCUAACCGAGAUCCAGGCCGGGCCUCUGUAUCGUGUGGCGGGCUCCCGGCUCUCCAUCUCCUGCAACGUGAGCGGCUUCACCGAUGUCGCAUCCAGGAAGGAAUUUGAAUUCCGUGUCACCAAGCCUGCAAAGCCAAUUGCCCUGAACAUCAUCAGCACUAACGACAUGAGCUUUGGUUACGCUGUGUACCGCAUGAGAGGCAAAGAUAUCGCAUUGACCCACGUGUCGCCCAACUCCAUCCUCUUUGAGAUACAAAGUCUUCAGAAAGAUGAUGAAGGGGAGUACGACUGUGCUGUAAUCAACGAGGAAUACAUUUAUGCUGGAACCUACAGUGUAAAAACCACCGUUAAAGUGAUUGACGACACCUUGAGUGUUUCAUCAGCUGUCUCCACCUCGCUGCGUUAUAACGAGGGUGAAGCACUCACUUUAACGUGCCAAGCUUCCAGCAACACCAUCCAGCACACCCAUCUGUCUGUAGCCUGGUAUCUCCGUAAAGAGGGCGACAACGACGGCGAUGCACACCUCAUCAUGUCCCUGGACAGGGAAUUCACGUUAAGCCCUGGCCCGGUAUUUCAAGGGCGCUACCAAGCUGGUCUUAUAAGAUUGGAUAAAAUUGGAGAGGCCACGUACAGGCUGACGAUGGAUCGGUUGGAGCCGUCGGAUGCGGGCCGGAUCUACUGUCAGGCUCAAGAGUGGAUUGAGGAUCCCGACCUCUCCUGGUACUCGCUUACGCAGAAGACUGCAGAGGAGACCAGGCUGGAUGUCAAAGGCAGAGAGCUGGUGCCAGACACGGUCUCUGUGGUGGUGAGACUGUCGGCGCAGCAGACAACUCUGCAGGAGGGGCAGGAACUGCUGCUAAAAUGCAGUGUUGACACACACAAGCUGGAGGAAACGUUUUUCUCUGUAGCUUGGCUUCGGGCUGGUGUCGAGUUGGCCCGAAUAGGCCCCACGGGCGUUGUGUCCGUGAGACCUGAGUACAGUCGGCGAGAGAAGCAAGGAGAGCUCAGGGCCAGCAGGAUCGGGGACAGAGAUUACCGUCUUGUAUUGCAGUCUGUCAGCACUGAAGACCAGGGAGGGUACAUGUGCAGAUUGUGGUCCCAAGAAAGAGGACAGCAUGGUGCCUUUGUGCAAGGCGAACCCCAAGACUCCAACUCCAUACCAGUUAGCAUUUCCGCUACAGCCAGUGGACUCUCAGUUGAAAUGCAAAACACCGUGCAUGUCAACGAAGGUGACACGUUAAAGCUAACUUGCAAAGUGCACGGGUUCAAGGGUCAGCUCUCCGUCACCUGGCAGCACCAAGUAGCGCAGAUGUCCACAUUCACCAACAUCAUCGGUCUAAGUCAGGAGGGUGUCGCGGAGACGGCCGCUGUUGAGGUCUCGAAUCUAGUCAGAGCUAUGCGUCCUGCGGAGGACGUCUUCGUCAUGGAGCUCGACGAGAUCACGCUGGACGAUUCGGGUGUGUACCAGUGUGUGGUGUCUGAAUGGAACAGUCGCAGUAAGACCAACAGCCAGUCAGGGCAGACCACGCUGACGGUGGCUCCUACGGAUUCUUUUGUGGACGUGAAUCUGAUAAGCCGCAAGAACGUUGCAACUGUAGGAGACAAUGUGGAAUUGAUGUGCCGUGUCAAAGGGCCGCGUGUCGCCAUAACGCUGACCUGGAGCCUGCAGCGCAGUGCCUCGGCCAUAGACAACAUCCUGACCAUGUACUCCGACGGUGCCGUCAGCUGGUCUGGAGAGCAGCAACGCUUCCACCUUAGGGUUGACAACAACCCCAGCGAGAGGAUUUACUACCUUCUCAUCAAUGGUGCCAGCCACAGGGAGGCAGGGAGCUACCAGUGUCGGGUGUCCGUCUUUCAGAAGAACGUGUACAAGAAGCUGUUGCCAUCCAACCCGCUAGCAGUCAUGGUGCAGAACCCAGUGAGUGACCUCAUUCUGACACCCACUCCUGCCUUGACAAGAGAUGUCAACAGUGACAUCACCAUCAAAUGCUCAAUAACUUCAUCUCGCUCUGGAUCUUCUCGCUACGGCGUCACCUGGAUUCUCCAGCAACAGACCCUAAAUGUGACCAUCUUAAGUCGGGAUCGAGACUCCUCAAUAACAUCGAGUGUGGAUCACAGCCAGCGGAUCAGCAUGCGGCACACUAAGGGUCCUCAUUUUGAGCUGACCAUCCGGGAUUCUCAGACUUCUGACCAAGGUUUCUACGUGUGUAAGGUAGUAGAGUGGCUGCAGGAUCCUCGUGGUGAAUGGUAUCAUCUGCCACCUGUCUCUGGAAGCACUCAGCUGACACUCACUGAGCCUGCCAAUGAUCUUCGUUUGGAUGACAAAGAGGAGCAGAUCAUUGCGAAGGAAGGAGACGAGGUGCAACUCAAGUGUGAGCUCAUCUCAGGUGCAUGCGGUGAUUCCUGUUUCUACAAAGUCAUCUGGUUCCACACCAGGCGUGGAUCUUCCGAUGUGAAUGCCUCAUUAUUGGAGCUCGAUCAUAUGGGCGUCCUGAGUUAUCCGGAGACUAAAGGUCUUCACGGCCUGCAGGGGAGGCUCCGUCUCCCCAGACCCAAUCGGCGCAGCUUUGGCCUUGAAAUUCAGCGGCUCCACGAGCAGGAUAGCGGGACAUACUGGUGUCAGGUGGAGCGGUACCAGCUUGGGAAUGAAGGCCGCUGGGAGCAGAAGGGUUCAGUUGAUGGUGGUGCCGUCAUGUUGGUUGUAAAUCUUACAGACAACAUUCUGUCGAUCAUAAAGGAGGAGUUGGAAUUUAAUGUAAGCACAUCGCAGGAUUUCACCAUCCAUUGUCACAUCACCAAACAAUCCAGCCUUGAAUCCAAGUUCCAGGUCACCUGGUUUUGGCAGGAGAAGAAAGAGACAAAACGACAACCUGUAUUUAUAUCGUACCGAAACGCCACCUUACAAAACUUUUGGUUGGAGAGACGGGAGCGGCUGAGGUUUGGUCACGCUUUGGCCAACCAAUUUAGCCUAAAUGUGAUGAAGCCCACUCUUUCAGAGCGCGGGCUUUAUUCCUGCGAGGUGGAAGAGUGGCUCCCUUCUCUAUCCCACGGAUGGAGGAGAGCAGCAGUCGAGCGUUCGGGAUAUUCGGCUGUCAGCGUCUAUUCACAAGGAGAGAGUGAAGGUCGCACGGGAUGUCGUUCGGGCAUGUGGAUCGGCCUCCCUGUUGCUGUUGUGCUCUGCUCACUGCUGAUCAUAUUUGUGCUGGUGCUCAAGAUGCGUCAGGCCAAGACGACCGAAAAGAAGCCAGGUCAGUCUCUGUGGACGGAACAGUAUCAUCUGACGACGCAAUUCAGAGCAAACGACUGAGAGGUCGCCUGGCGAGAAAUGCAACAAAUGUACCGUAAUAUCAUAAUUGUAUAGCACCUUUCAUGUAAAAUGAAUGGCACAUGUAGGACAAAAUGACAAGUGGACACAUAAGAUUGAUCGAUAAUGUUCCCCUCCAGUUCUGUACGUGUUCAUUGAAAAAGUAUGGGCCAACUUGCCGCACAUCAAGCUGUCUGUAUAGAUUCACACUCAUCCAGAUCUUGGCCAUUUGAAUUGGAUUUUGAAUUUAAUUUGUUGAAAACGAGAAACUGGACUUUUCUCCUUUGUUGAAGACAGUUUCACCUUGAAUCCAAAAAGCUUCUUCAGUUCUACAUUUUAGCUUUGAGCAAGCUUCUUUUUUUUUUCUUUUUUUCACUGCCGUGCCACUUGCUGGAUGGAGAGGAUAACUGUGUCACUUGGCCCCAAUACAAGUGGACUGUAAUGAUAAAAAAGGGAAAAUGAAUAUCCAGAUUGUCACCAGAAUACAAUCGUGGCCCAUCCACCAAUCCGAUACUAAUCCAUUAAAAGAAAUGUGUGUGAAAUGGAA